AUGGCUGUGGCCCUACUCAGAGGCGAAGCGGAAGUGUGCUCGGUCCUGGGUCUCAACCUUGAACCUGAUGGAGGAGUAUCCAGAAAUGAAAUUUGCAUGUUCUCAGGGUUAACACAUUUUGCCCCUCCAAUCCUCAUGGCAGAAUCAAGUUUGGCUAGUAAGAUUGCAACUACCUUCUUCUCAAAAGGUAAUGGUGCCAGGGCCCAUACAUUGGCACUUAUUGGCAACUGUCACAUUGACUCUGCAUGGCUGUGGCCCUACUCAGAGGCGAAGCGGAAGUGUGCUCGGUCCUGGGUCUCAACCUUGAACCUGAUGGAGGAGUAUCCAGAAAUGAAAUUUGCAUGUUCUCAGGCACAACAGUUCUCUUGGAUUAAGACCAGUUAUCCAGCAAUAUUUGAGAGGAUAAAGAUGCAAGUAAAGGCAGGACGCUUCAUACCCGUUGGAGGCACCUGGGUUGAAAUGGAUGGUCUAAUUCCUAGCGGAGAAUCAUUUAUGCGUCAGUUCCUGUAUGGACAACGUUUCUUCCAAAAGGAAUUUGGCAUCCACUGUAAAGAGUUCUGGCUGCCUGAUACUUUUGGCUACUCUUCCCAGUUCCCUCAGAUAUGCAAGCUCUUUGGCAUGACCUGCUUCUUGACACAGAAGUUGAGUUGGAACUUGAUCAAUAAUUUUCCUCAUCACAACUUCUUAUGGGAGGGUCUGGAUGGCACAACCAUCCUCGCUCACUUCCCUCCUGGCAACUCUUACGAGAUGAAUGUUAAGAUCUUCAUAGUACAGCAGCAUAGAAAAUCUCCUCUCAUCAUGGCACUCUUAAAGUUGGAGUUCAUCUUCAGGGUUUCCUCCAUCCUUUCUGAUUCACAUUCUGAUUUGCAGUUACUCUUGGCAGCUUCUCAUUAA